GGGUAGGGGGCGGGAUGGCGCAGGCGCGGUCUGGCUCCGGCGGCUCCCGGAGCGUAAACAAGGCGCUGCCGUGAGGGAUGAGGAGUCGGCCGGAGCCGAGCGGGGUCGCCGGGAGCUGCCGAGGCUGAGCCUCCUUUCGCCUUCCCCCGCCGGUCGGGGGCCGAAAGAAGCGCCAUGAACUUGGCCAGUCAGAGCGGCGAGGCCGGCGCCGGCCAACUGCUCUUCGCCAACUUCAACCAGGACAACACGUCCCUGGCUGUGGGCAGCAAAUCAGGUUACAAAUUCUUCUCCCUUUCUUCUGUGGAUAAACUGGAGCAGAUCUACGAAUGCACUGACACGGAAGACGUGUGCAUCGUGGAGAGGCUCUUUUCCAGUAGCCUGGUGGCCAUCGUGAGCCUCAAGGCCCCCCGCAAGCUGAAAGUCUGCCACUUCAAGAAGGGGACGGAGAUUUGCAACUACAGCUAUUCCAACACGAUUCUGGCGGUCAAGCUGAACAGGCAGAGGUUGAUAGUAUGCCUAGAGGAGUCUCUGUACAUCCACAACAUACGGGACAUGAAGGUGCUGCAUACCAUCAGGGAGACGCCCCCAAACCCUGCAGGCUUAUGCUCUUUGUCGAUAAACAACGACAACUGCUAUCUGGCCUACCCAGGGAGCGCAACCAUUGGAGAAGUGCAGGUCUUCGACACCAUUAACCUGAGAGCAGCGAACAUGAUCCCCGCCCACGACAGUCCUCUGGCUGCGUUAGCCUUCGACGCAAGCGGCACCAAGCUGGCCACGGCGUCCGAAAAGGGGACAGUGAUCCGGGUAUUUUCCAUUCCAGAGGGGCAGAAGCUUUUUGAAUUCCGAAGAGGAGUGAAGAGGUGCGUCAGCAUCUCCUCAUUGGCCUUCAGCAUGGACGGCAUGUUUCUGUCGGCAUCCAGCAACACGGAGACGGUGCACAUUUUCAAACUCGAAACUGUGAAAGAAAAACCUCAGGAGGAGCCCACAACCUGGACAGGCUAUUUCGGCAAAGUGCUGAUGGUCUCCACCAACUACCUGCCCGCCCAGGUCACGGAGAUGUUCAACCAAGGCCGAGCCUUCGCCACAGUCCGGCUCCCCUUCUGCGGGCACAAAAACAUCUGCGCUUUGGCCACAAUCCAGAAGAUCCCUCGCCUGUUAGUGGGAGCCGCGGACGGGUAUCUCUACAUGUACAACCUGGACCCCCAGGAAGGAGGCGAAUGCACACUGAUGAAGCAGCACAAGCUGGACGGGAGCAUGGAGCCAGCCAACGAGAUUUUAGAAUCGGCGUCCCACGACCGGCCGCUGGUGGCACAGACUUACAGCGCUGCUGUGACUAAAGCUUACACCGAGGACCUAGGUGCAGUCGGCGGCGCUUGCCUCGAAGACGACACCAACACCCUGCGAUUGGACGAAGACAGCGAGCACCCACCAAUGAUCCUCCGGACGGACUGAAUCUUAGACCCCGCUGACCGGCUCCAAAGGGCAGAGAGCUCCGGCCCGGCCUUCCCGGAAGACGCUCGCCGUCUGCGCUGCUACGAACUUUGACCCGGAUCAUGAGAGACAGAGAGAAACGAUGGACUCUCAAAUAGCUGUUAACACCGACGGAGAUAACCCCGUUCUAGCUGUGUAAUUUCAAUUUGACGCCAUUAGGAGAGGGGCGGGGGUGGGGGAAAAAUACAUGGUUUCGCUCGGGUGGCUUCCAAAAAGGCCUGCUUUAUCUUUUAGCUGUGAAGGAUAUAUCUCUAUCUACAUAUAUAUAUAUAUCUAUUUUUUGCUCUUCCUGUUUGCCAAAAACCUGCGGCUUGUGCAGCCUCUGGCGUUCCCCAGCUUUGCAUGCCUUCUUGUGCCAAGCGAGCAGAUUCACUUUAUAGCGAAAAAAGGUUUUCCAUUUUUUUUAAAAGAAGUAAAUCGACACACGUGCGUAACACCCGGAUGCCCAUCCGGGAGCAGAGAGAUUUCGGUUCUGGGAUCCACGGCUCGUUUUGCUCAGACGUGCGGGUCUUCGCACAUGGCCUCGCUGGGGCACGUGGGGACAGAAUGCCACCGUUAGGACGCUUUUGUUCCUUUGGGCUCUCCCCCCCGCCCAUCACCGCCACCCCUCCCUCACCACCUCUUUCCCGCCAACCCUCACCCGCUUCUCUUUUCCUGGACCACUUUGUUAAUUAAAACUCCUUCUGAACGCCGCCUCGCUUGUGGGACUUGUUGUUAUAUUCUCCGAACAGGGGCAAGGUCUCUGCUUCGGAUAUCGUUCCUUUUUGGGUUUUUUCCACCUAUGGAGGCAACGCGGACUGAACGGUACGACGCGCACGUUUUGGCAGAGGGAACCUGGAAUUAAAAGCCUUCUCUCUCGGGCCGCGUCGGCUUUGCUGCUCGUCAGGCGGGCCGAGCCGGUGCGUCAGGUGUCAAAAGAUGCGUUACUAACCCCGGAAGCAUGCUUCUCCUUAAAAAGCCGCCCUCCCGCCUUAAACGCUUUCCUUGAUCCUCCAAAAGCCAUCCAUCCUUGCUAACAGCUAGACGUUGCUCCCUUCAGAAUUUGGAGACCCUUGUCUUAGGUUUUGCAGUUCAGUAGGCUUCCCCCCUCCCCCCCCCCCCCCGGGCUCUUCCAAGCUGGUAGAGGAACACACUGAAAAUGAAAGCAGCCCUCUGGUGACAGCUGUUCACUUCUCCGCCGCGUGUGAUUGGCUGCCGCUAAGGGGGACGAGGAAACGCAGAACGGGAUAAUGCAGGAUAAGAUACUUGUGCAUAACGAUGGGAGAGAACUCGACACUGGUCCUCUGCUCCUGGGAAGAAAGGCGAGGCGAUCCCGUGUUUCUCGCGGAACGUUGCCGCACCCUCAGACAAAGGCCAGGCCUUGCCGCUCGGCAUUCUGGGCUCCCAGGUUGAGCCACUGCAUGUUUCUGUGUCCCCGUUCUUGAGCUCUUCGCCCCCCUCGCACCCUCUUGCUCCACCUCUCCCGAGGUCUCUUGCGUGGCGAAAGUGUUAUGUCGUCUCCCGUAUCAGCAGUUUCGAGUGGCAUCGUGGAAGGGGGAACGGAUCCUCGUCUGGAACCCGCCCGGACUCUGGCAAAGGAGUGACCAAAGUUGGGCGAAACUGCCACCCGCUUUUACAGAGCUGUAAUGUGCCUUUUGUGGGGGCAGGGGGUUUGUGUUGUCGUUUUUUAAAACCUUUUAGAUCUGUUUCAUUGGGGGAAAAAAAUGAUGUAUAAACCCUUCGGGGUGUGAACCUCUUGUUUCCGUAGAUUGUUAGCUAUCUCCCCCCCCCCCCCUCGAUUAAAUUAUUACUCACUCUC